AUGGGAAACUCCACACAACCUACAGGGAAUUCCACGAUUAUACCCACAAACUCUAGAGAUUAUUACAGCUGCGCAGGUCCCGACGUCAAGGACUAUCCACCAAAAGGAGAGUGGUUGAGCUUCAAUGCUCUCUGGGGCAUCAAUUCUCCAACAAUCGUCAAAAAUAACAAAGACUCUGCAUACGCCGACUUUAUCAAACAAGGCAUUCAAGAUGUUUCGAGGGCAAGCAAGGUUGACGCUCGCUUGAUCCUGUCCAUCAUUAUGCAGGAGUCUGGAGGCAAUGCCCAAGUUGAGUGUACAGGAUACGACUACAAGAGAGACUGUGGAAUUAUGCAAAUGCGCGGUGCCGCCAAUUUCAGCAGCUCCGAACCCGAGAAAAGCAUUCGCGAAAUGAUCGAAGACUCAGUCUAUGGAGUCUCCGAACCUGGUGAUCUUAGCUGGAUCAAAGGUACCUUCUGGCAAGGCAACCCGUUUGCAGCUGCUCAUCUUUACAACGCCGGAUCUGUGGAAGAAAAUCUUACCGUCCAGGUUGGAGAAAAUCUGAACAGCAAAUGGUACGCAAAUGAUAUUGCUAGCCGGCUCCUUGGCUGGAAUGGAUCCAAGCAAGGCUGCGAGAACAGCCGCAAAUGUCCAAACCACGGAUUUGAGAAUAGGCAAUGUCAAGGCUAA